AUGACGGCGGCGGAGACGAAGAAGGGUAUCGCUGGCGCUGAGAAGUUGAAGAGGAGCCCAUGGCGUCGACGGACUUCUUCAUGGAGGAAACACGAGGAAGAUUUGAACUCAGCGGAGUCUACCAAUGCCAAAAGGGAUGCAGGAAUACGCACCAACGCCAGCUCGAGAUCCUGCUCUGGCAGCUCUGUUGCGGAAGGUUUGCUAGAGCUCCUGGUGGGUGGUUUUGGGAGCCGCCUAAGCUACAAGUUUUGGACAGAACAAACAGAGUGCGUUAUCAUGUACAAACUUUAUAUGAGUAUGAAAACAAUCCAUUUGAGAUUUGCUAGGAAAAGGCUGUGUUCAAGGAUCAACGAGAUGUUGGCAAGGAUCCAGUUCGAGUUCCAGUUCAGUUCAAUGCUUGAAAGACUUCUGGAUACCGAGGCUAACGGAAACCCUUGAAGUAAGGUGGGGUAUUAAAGUGAAAGUAGCAUGUUCAAGGGAGUGUGGUGGGGGAAUUGACAAGACCAAGUAAUUCAUUUCCCCCUUUCCAUUUACCUAUGGUUGGAUAGUGAACUCUUAUCGUCCUCUAUUUGUGAAGAGCGCUCGCGGAGUGGGGAAAGGUGGUCGGGUUGGGAGAGGCUCAUCAAAGGCGCAUGUAAAGGGGAUGAUGAUAUAAUCCGAACUCACUGCGACCAAGCAAAGUUCACCAAACAUGGAUAGAUUGGAGCAAAAGAAUUCAGCAGGAAGCUCGAAGUGAGUUUGUGCCAAUUGGAUUGGGUCUAAAGUGGAUGCUUCUGCCAUCUGGAAUUUCCUAGCACACUUUUCAGCAGUGGUUAGUUUCUUCCCAUCUUUUGUCAUUUAUGUUCUCUCUCAAUUCUGGGUUUAAUAGAUUUACGACCUUGACUGAUUGGAGCAGCCCUUAUGAUUGAUCAAUUCAAAUUAGGUCUUUGGUUUCUUAUUUUGAAGAGUACCAGUGAAGAAAGUUGUUUCAUUUCAUGGUUUUGUGUUGUUUAAAUUUGUCUUUGAUUGCUGCUGAUACUACCAGAUUGUCCACUACUUCACUUUCAAUUGAAGAACCAAUAAAAUGCUUUGUUGUUUUGUUCACGGGUCAUGGUUGUUUCUUGAGGGGGUUUUAUUACCAUUACUUUUGAAAUGGUAGCAGAUGGUGACUUGUGAUUCCUUAGUUAUUUGUGCUAUAAAAAAUGUGUAAACUGAAAAAUAGAUAUAUAUGUUUCUGCUAAGUACUGGAAAUGAUGUUAGAUGGAGGUUUUGAGACUCUUUUCUUUUUGUGUGUGGUAAAAAAAACAGGGUUCAGACGCUCUUGGUUACCUUGACAAAAUGUUUUUUGGCAAAUAAGAUAAUAUUGAAAGCAUGUUUCAUGAAUGGUUAGUUUGUGGCAAAAGGACUUUCUCCUUUAACAUCCGUUAAUUGCAUCCAUAUCUUUGUUAUAGUAAAAGUAAAUUGAAGAUGCCUUAAGUUAAAUUUUCCUGCCUUCUCCCUCUAGAAUGUUGAAUGGUAUGGACACUUUUUCAACCCUCCUUCAUUUACCUCUUCAGUUUUGCUGUGGCCUUGGAAUUAUUAUUAAUGUUUCUUGAGCUCCCUUUGAGCCUUGGAAAUUGUUUCAGCUCCUUGGAUAGGAGUUAAUUAAUCCCAAUUUGAUGGUUCCUUUUAUUAGUUGGAUCUGAGACUUAUGAAUACUAAAGC